CCAGGCUCUGUGAGGGCUUGGGGCUGUUUCCCUUGAAUGACCGGGAAGGGUGAGGCCCCCGCGGUGGCCCGAGGGUUGGGGCCGAGGGUCGUGGGCCAUCCGAGCAGUGCGACCUGCAAAGACGCAGCCCCCGCCUCCAGACUGGGGUCUCGGAGGGGGCAUUCUUGCGUUCCUGGGAAGCCAGGGUUCCUGGUGGUCCCGGAUGGGGGGGACCAACGCCGAUGGGCCUCGGACAAGGUGGCCUUUCCCGCAUACUCUCCUAAGAUCUCCCCAAACGUUGCCUCCGGGAGCCUUCUCGAGCCGCUGCCCGCAGCCCGUCUCCCCGCACCAGCUCGCACUAAGCAUUUAUGUACCUCUGUCGGCGCGUAGCGUUCCUGCAAAACGGCUUCCACGGAAAGGGACCUUCGGGAAAUUUCUCUGGACAUCGCUGAAAUUAACAAACCUAGUGGCCCCCGGACCUUUACGGAUUUCCUGGCAGGUGGAUUUCGAGGCAACAUGUCUGCUUCUAUGAAAGAAUGCCUGCAGCUUCAGCUGCUAGAGAUGGAAAUGCUGUUUUCUAUGUUUCCUAACCAAGGAGAAGUAAAACUUGAAGAUGUCAAUGUCCUGACGAAUAUAAAGAGAUAUUUGGAAGGCACCAGGGAGGCGCUGCCACCCAAAAUCGAAUUUGUGAUUACCCUGCAGAUUGAGGAGCCCAAGGUGAAAAUUGAUUUGCAAGUAACCAUGCCUCACAGCUACCCCUACGCAGCACUGCAGCUGUUUGGACGGUCGUCUGAGCUUGACAGACAGCAGCAGCUACUUCUCAACAAAGGUCUCACUUCCUACAUAGGGACUUUCGACCCAGGUGAGCUCUGUGUAUGUGCAGCAAUCCAGUGGUUACAGGACAAUAGCGCCUCCUAUUUCCUGAACAGAAAGCUUGUUUACGAACCAUCUACCCAAGCAAAGCCAGUCAAGAACACAUUCCUCCGAAUGUGGAUCUACAGUCACCAUAUAUAUCAGCAGGACCUAAGAAAAAAGAUUUUGGAUGUCGGGAAAAGGUUAGAUGUGACUGGAUUUUGCAUGACAGGAAAGCCAGGCAUAAUCUGUGUGGAGGGCUUCAAAGAGCACUGUGAGGAAUUCUGGCACACAAUUAGGUAUCCCAACUGGAAGCACAUUUCCUGUAAGCACGCUGAAAGCGUUGAAACCGAAGGAAAUGGGGAGGAUCUGCGCCUUUUUGAUUCUUUCGAAGAACUACUCCUUGAGGCCCAUGGGGACUAUGGAUUAAGGAAUGACUAUCACAUGAAUCUGGGCCAAUUCUUAGAAUUUCUAAAGAAACACAAAAGUGAGCAUGUUUUCCAGAUACUUUUUGGUAUUGAAAGUAAAAGUUCAGACUCUUAGGAAGCUAUUAAGAAGCCGAUGCUUCACUAAGUCAGUAUUUCUGUCAAUAAGACCAAAACAAAAGGGCCAGUGGCUAGGUAGCAUCAUCUGUGAGACACCUAACUCCAGAAUUUUUACCUGGUAAUGAAACACAAAGGCCUUUAAACUUUAUAACAGUGCAAUUGUGAUGUUACCUCUCUGUUCUUGUGUUAACUGAAAAGUAUUUAAUUGUACACUAAUAAAAAGUCCAUUUAACCAGUGAAGCUGACUUGAUUAAAGAGGAGUCCAAAUCCAUAGUUAAUAUUAAGCUCUGAACUCAUGAAUAACAUUCCUCUCUUGGAUGAUAUUAGCACAUGAUGACACACCACAUUUUCUUUUUUUCAUUAUUGGAGAAUGAAUUCAAAGUCUAUUUGAAGUGAGAAGACCACAUGUUGACUACAUUUCUUACUUUAAAACUCCUAUUUAUAGUUUUUUUUUUC